UUUGAUGCAGCAGCAUUCGUACUUAUUGGGCAAGAAACAAGCGUAUUAUUACUUCUGGCGGCCGUUCUCCGUCGACUCGAUCGUUCGCUCUCCGCGAAGUCCUCCCUCGCGAGCAAGAGUAGAGGGCGACGAAGAAGAGGGUUCGGAUCUGCGGGCAGGUGGGCGACUAUGGGUGAGGAGCAGGAUCCACAGCUACUGAAGAGGAUCGCGGCGGCGGCGUACGACUACGACAUGGAUCCCCGAUGGGCGGAGUACUGGUCCAAUAUCUUGAUCCCGCCUCACAAGGCCUCUCGAUCCGACGUCGUUGACCACUUCAAGCGCAAGUUCUAUCAGCGUUUCAUCGAUCCUGAGCUUGUUGUGGAGGCAAUGGCUUCAACUAGUGCUUCGAAGUCAUCAAGAGCAGCAGAGAGACCUUCAGCACAAACAACAGAGUCAUCAAGAGCAUCAGAGAGACACUCCUCACAGUCAAGUGCUCAAAAUGUGAGGCCACAAAAUUCAGGUUCUAGUGGUGGAGCUGCUGGAACAGCUGCAUCAACAGGCAGGAGUGCCAGUUCAUUGAGGCUAGAUCAACGGUCUAUACAUUUUUCUCUCGAAGCUUGGGUCUUAGUGGUUGCUGUGCUUGGGGUACUUCCAGUUGUACCAAGAAAUUUUUCAAACAAGGCAUAUCGUUUGUCUUUGCUUGGUACUGCAUGCUCCUCGGUGUAUUCACUAUACACUCUCUAUGGGAAACCAAGGGCAUGGAACCUCCCUGCUAUCCAAACAUGGUUUCAAACUUUGAUUGGAGCAAAAGAUUUUGUCCAUUUAAUAUAUUGUAUUACACUUGUUACAGCUCAGCUACACUUUAAAUUUGCUCUCAUCCCUGUAUUUUGUUGGUCACUUGAGCACGUGGCAAAAUUUCUAAGACGUAACUUUGCACGUUCUUCUUUAUACAGGAAAUACUUGGAGGAACCUUGUGUAUGGGUAGAAGCAAAUGGAACUACAUUGACUAUUCUAAGUUCAAAUGCUGAGAUUGGAUUGGGCUUUCUUCUAAUUUUAUCUUUAUUCUCGUGGCAACGCAACAUAAUUCAGACAUUCAUAUACUGGCAGCUACUGAAGCUCAUGUACCAUGUUCCUGCUACUUCUGGUUAUCACCAAAGUGUGUGGGCCAGGAUUGGUCGUACUGUGAAUCCGUAUAUCUAUCGUUAUGCACCCUUCUUAAACAGCCCCAUAUCUGCAGUUCAAAGAUGGUGGUUCAGAUAGAAGGGAAAAAAAAAAAGAUAAAAGAACCAGGAAAGUGAAGUUGUCUCUGGAAUUUUGGUAAGUCGAUCUUUUGGUGAGAUAGCCCAAACAUUUCAGUGUUUUUGCGGUGGACAGUAGUCAUUUAAUGCUAGGGAAAUCACUUUCGGGUAAGACGUAGCUACCUGUGGACAAUUUAUGUUAGGCAAUCUUCUUUCCUUAAUUUUAAUUUUGCCCAUGUGAUCUAUGGAAGAAAAUGUUAUUGUCAUCAGCCGAAUGUUCAUUCUAGUUCUGAGCACAUUCAACAAAAGGUCCAUUUGAUUUCGCUU